AUGAGUGGCCGGCUCCUGCUCCUCGCCAUGCUCCCUGCGCUCCUGGGCCCCCCGGCUGCCAUGGCGCAGAAGAGGAACCAAGCGGUGUGCGAGGAUGUGUUGGAGGCCGACAUUGUCUUCCUGGUGGACGGCUCGUCCAGCAUCGGCAGGAACAACUUCCGUGCCGUCCGCACCUUCAUGGACGACCUGGUGGGGCCCUUUGUGCAGGUGGUGGGUGAGAAGGCGGUGCGCUUCGCCGUGGCGCAGUACAGUGAUGAGCCGCGGGUGGAGUUCCCCUUCUCCCAGCACACCGAUGGCACAAGCGUCCGGAGGGCCAUCCAGCAGCUGAGCUACAAGGGUGGCAACACACGGACUGGUGCCGGCUUCCGCUAUGUUGCUGACAAGUUCUUCGGCCCCACGCAGCUCCGGCCUGGGGUCCCCCAGAUCUGCAUCCUCAUCACGGAUGGCAAGUCCCAGGAUGAUGCCGAGGGGCCGGCAGCAAAGCUGAAGAGUCAGGGCAUCAAGGUCUUUGCCGUGGGGAUCAAGAACGCUGACCACAAGGAGCUGAUUCGUGUGGCCUCGAUGCCCACCGAUGCCUUCUUCUUCUACGUCGGUGACUUCAAGCUGCUGGGGACGCUGGUGCCACUGAUGACACGCAGGGUGUGCACGAGCGUCGGGGGCACCCUACGCCUGCUGGGAGCAGCCCAGGGGGAGGAGAAGAGCCUGGGGGCCAGCGCGCAGUCAGCCACACUGAGCAACCUGCGCCCUGAUACUGAGUACGUGGUGAUGCUCCGACCCCGCUACGUGCAGCAGCCCGCUGUCCCCGCCACCCUCACCGCCCGGACACCGGUGGGCACCGUGUCGGACCUGCGGCUCGUCGAAGAGGCGGGCAGGCGGGUGCGGCUGGGCUGGACCAGCGUCCCCGGUGCCACCGAAUACAAAGUGGUAGUGCGCAACAACCAGGACGGCACAGAGAGGACAAGGCGCGUCCCGGGCAGCCAGACGGGGCUGGAGCUGGGUGACCUCCGGGAGGGCAUCGCCUACCUGGUGCGUGUCUCAGCGCUGGUGGGUGGCCGGGAGGGCAGCGCCGCCACGCUCACCGUCCACCUUACAGCUGGGGGGCAGACGGGGCGGACGCUGCCCAGCGCUGCCAGCUCCCAGGAGGUCUCCGGGCUGCGUCUGGGCCAGCGCUACACCUUCACCCUCCGUCCACUCCUGGGUAGCACGGCAGGCGCCGAGACCUCCGUCAGUGAGCGCACAGUCUGCAGGGAUGCCCGCGGUGACAUUGUCUUCCUGGUGCACGGCACCCGUGACAGCUCCUCCAGCGCUGAUGCUGUCCGCACCCUCCUCUCCAACACCGUGUCAGCCCUGGGGCACCUGGGCCCUGAGGGCACCCAGGGCCGCCAUGGGCUGCCUGGCCCUCCAGGACCCGCGGGGCCACGGGGUCUGCCGGGAGAGAGUGUCGAGCGGCCAGGCAAGAAGGGGGACAGGGGAUUCCCCGGAGCUGAUGGGACACCAGGAAGCCCCGGCCGCCCCGGGAACCCCGGAUCCCCCGGCCAGCCGGGCACCCAGGGCAUCCCCGGCCCUCGAGGGGAUCCUGGACCGCGGGGGCCGAUGGGUCUUUCUGGCCCAAAGGGGGAGAAAGGCGAGCCGGGAGAGCCCAGGGUGAUCGUUGACGGAGGACAGGGGCUGCCAGGCCGGAAAGGGGAGCCGGGCACACCGGGGGAGAAGGGUGACCGAGGGGAGAGGGGUCCCCCCGGACUUGUGGAUGGGGCAGCACCUCGAGGGGAGCCCGGCCCUGCGGGCCUGCCUGGGGACCCUGGGCCCCGGGGACCUUCCGGGCCCCCCGGCCUGAAGGGAGAGAAGGGUGAUGGCAAAGAAGGUUUCCCAGGGCCGCCCGGCCACCCUGGGGACCCAGGAGAUCGGGGCCCUCGGGGACCACCGGGGGAGCAGGGCAGGAAGGGGGACCGUGGCGUGCCAGGACCUGAGGGUGAGAAGGGUGAUCCGGGACCACCCGGCAAGCCGGCUCCCAGCGUGGCCGGUGUUGGAGGAGAGAAGGGUGCCCCUGGCGUGAGCAUCCCGGGGCCGGCCGGCCCCAAAGGCGAGCAGGGCGAUCGGGUUGACGUGGGGCUCGGAGGAGUGGGGGAGAAGGGGGAGAAGGGGGACCCCGGGGACCCGGGUGAGGAUGGCGCAAAGGGUACCCGGGGCGACACUGGCUCCCCCGGCCUGCCUGGAGAGAGGGGCGUGGAGGGCCCCCGCGGCCCCCCUGGUGCACGGGGUGACCCUGGGGACCGAGGCCUGCCAGGAGAGAAGGGGGACCGCGGCCCGCCGGGACUGGAUGGCCGCAAUGGGCUGGAAGGCAAACCCGGGCCCCCAGGCCCCACUGGGCUGCGGGUGGAUCCAGGGAAGCAGGGGGACCCUGGCCGGGAUGGGCUGCCUGGGCUGCGUGGGGAGCAGGGUCUGCCUGGCCCCGCUGCCUCGGCUUCCUCCCAGGGCAAACCCGGUGAUGACGGCAAACCUGGCCUCAGUGGCAAGAAUGGAGAAGACGGGACACCGGGAGAGGACGGGAGGAAGGGAGACAAAGGUGACGCGGGACCCCCUGGCAGAGAUGUGAGUACCUCUCCACAGAGGAGCGUGGUGAUGGGGGGUGGUGGGUACAUGCCCCCACCGGCUACAGACCUGGGCACCCAGGUCCUGGGGGUGACACUGCUCUCUUGGCAGGGCCACAGUGGUGCCAAGGGCGAGCAGGGGGACAGAGGUGUGCCAGGCCCCCUCGGCCCCCCUGGGCUCCCUGGCAUCCCGGGGCAGGUCGGCCCCCCAGGCCAGGGCUCGCCAGGCCUCCGUGGGGUGGCUGGACUGAAGGGGGACCCGGGGGAGCCUGGACUGCGAGGGGAGCCGAAUAUUGAACGUAGCCUGGAAGCGCUUGGCAUCAAGCCGGGGGAGCCUGGCAAGCCGGGCAUCCCCGGGGUGCCGGGCCGGGCUGGGGAGCUGGGGGAGGCCGGGCGGCCUGGCGAGAAGGGUGACCGGGGUGAGAAGGGCGACCGGGGCGAGCAG